CUUCUUCUUCUGUGUGUGUUUUCCUUGUUGGGUUUCUUCUUUUUGCAGGCAAGGGGUUUGCUGAAAUGCCUGACUCUGAUGAUGAGGUUCCAGUAGAGAUGGAAAAGGAGGAGCUUUUGGGGAUUUUUGAGGUUAUGGGUGCCCUUCUUGAGAACUCUGAUUGGGCUUUAGAGCACCCACAGCCAUGUACUGAGACUCAAUGGCCUGGUAUUCAGUGUGAGAUUGGGGAUGAAGAACCUCCAAUGUUUCAUGUCACAAAGAUACACAUUGGCCCUGAUAUUCUCACACCUCCUUGCAAAUCCUCUGCUUCUCUACCAGAGUCCCUUCUCAAACUGCCUUACUUGAAAACCCUCUCAUUAUUUAGUUGCUUUUCAACAUCACAAGUCACUCUUCCUCCAAAGCUAUUAGGUGCAUUGUCUUCCUUGGAACACCUAGCCCUUGUGUCCAAUCCAACUCUUUCUGGUGAAAUUCCCUCAAGUUUAUCUCAAAUUUCCGGCUUAAGGGUUCUGAGUUUGUCACAAAACAAUUUACAAGGAAAAGUCCCUAGCAAGAUUGGUACUUUGGUCAGCCUAGAGCAACUUGACUUGAGUUACAACAACUUGAGUCGUCAAUUACCAGAAGAAGUUGGAGGGUUGGAGAGUUUGACUAUUUUGGAUUUAAGCCGGAAUGCUCUUGAAGGUCAGGUGCCCUCCUCUGUUGGUCAGCUUAAACUCCUUCAAAAGAUUGAUUUAAGCUCAAACAGGCUUAAAGGUAUGUUGCCUCCAGAUAUAGGGAAACUUAACAGGUUGGUCUUGCUUGAUCUAAGUCACAACUUGAUAAAUGGGCCAAUACCUGAGGCACUUUCAGGUUUGCAGCAGUUAGAGUACAUGGUAGCUGAUAGCAACCCAAUCAAUACAGAAGUUCCUAAUUUUGUUGGGAAGCUCCUGAACCUCAAAACACUGAGCUUUUCUGAAUGUGGGUUGAUAGGGUCAGUACCCAACUUCCUCUCUUCCUUGAAGAAUCUGACUGAUCUUUCUCUAAACAACAAUAGCCUCACCGGGACUGUUCCUCCAAACUUGGAGACUCUUCCAAAUCUGGAUUUGCUGAAUUUGAGUAACAAUCAGCUAAGUGGUGAGCUGACACUUCCCGAAGAGUUCAUAGAGAGGCUAGGGAAGAGGUUGGUGCUAAGAGGGAACAAUGGACUAUGUACAAGCAAUCUACUUCACAAGAAGGAGAACAUGUCUGGCUAUGUGAUAGCCCCUCUGUGUAUAAAUGCAAGAGGGUCUGGAGAUCAAAACGCAACUGAGUCUGAAAGAGUGAAGCCAUUGGAUCAAAACCCUGUUCAGAAAAGUUCAUCUGCAGUUUCUUCAUGGUCAAAUGUGAAGCUGAAUUCAUUUGGUUUUAUUAUUUGUUUCUUGAGUUUGUUACUGUGUUCUACACUUUUAUUAGUUUUCUAA